GGAGGACUAUCACUCUCGAGUAGCUCUACAACAUGAAUGCUGUGAUGGAUACAGUGCACGGGUUCGGGGUGAGUAGCACCCAAUACCUGCAGACCCAUUACAAAGACGCCCAAGGAUGGUUUCUUUUCGUCUCCUUUGCGGCAGAUCUAAGGAACACCUUCUUCAUCUUCUUUCCCAUCUGGUUCCAUCUGAAAGAAUCAGUCGGCAUCAAGCUCAUUUGGGUGGCUGUCAUAGGGGAUUGGCUCAAUUUGGUAUUCAAAUGGAUCCUGUUUGGAGAACGUCCAUACUGGUGGAUCCACGAGACUUCCUACUACAUCAACAGCUCAGCGCCACAUAUUGAACAGUAUCCCAUGACCUGUGAGACUGGCCCAGGCAGUCCAUCUGGCCACGCUAUGGGCGCUGCUGGUGUUUACUACGCAUUGGUCACGUCCAUCCUUGCCAUAAUGCUGAGCAAAGAGAACAAAUCGCCAUCCAAGAGCCUAUACCUGCGUGGUUCACUUUGGACACUCUUCUGGGUGGUCCAGGUCUGUGUAUGUCUCUCUCGAGUCUUCAUCGCAGCUCAUUUCCCCCAUCAGGUUUUCGCAGGCGUUAUUUCAGGCAUGAUUGUUGCGGAGGCUUUCAACAGACAGAAAUGGAUCUAUAGUGCCAGUCUAAAGCAUUACUUCAACAUCACGCUGUUUCUGCUCUCGUUUGCUGUGGGCUUGUACGUGCUCCUGAAAGCUCUGGGUGUGGAUCUUCUCUGGACCAUUGAGAAAGCCCAGAAGUGGUGCGUCAAUCCAGCCUGGGUCCAUUUGGACAGCACACCGUUCGCCAGCCUGUUGAGGAACAUGGGCACCCUGUUUGGGCUGGGGCUCGGCCUUCACUCCCCACUGUACACGGAAAGCAAGAAGAGCAGCAGCGCUCGCGCCAGGAUCUCCUGUAUCGUCUCCUCUCUGUUUCUUCUGCAUCUCUUCGAUUCCAUCAAGCCUCCCACACACACGGCUGCUCUCUUCUACCUGCUGUCUUUCUGCAAGAGCGCCACUGUUCCCCUGGCCACGGUCAGCAUCAUCCCGUACUGCGUGUCCGGAGCCCUCGGUUUACAAAGCAAGAAACAGCUUUAAGCUGGGAAAGAACUGUACAAGACUGUAAGCAACGGCACAACUAUUUACAGUAUUUCAGACUAGCACAUUUUCCAGUUCAUCCCAUCAGUCGAAGGAACACUAACUGAUGAACAAUUCGCCAGUUUAAAAGUGUUUUCUAACUCAGGGAUGCAGAUAACUAGUUUAAGUUAAACCCUGUUAUAUGUACUGUUUAUGAUGUGUUGUGUAAGAAUUGUGAAUUUUAGAAUUUUUAAUUUUAUAUCUUAGGGGCUGUUUACACGACAACAUUUUUUUCAACUAAAAAUGGCAAACUUUUCAUGCGUUAUGACAACGCAUUUUGGGGUUUGAAAACGAUACUGUUAUCGCCUCCAAGUAACCUACAAAAACACGAAUGUGUGAAAACGGUGAUGUCAUUCACAUGCGUUCUGUAGAGGCGUAGUGUUUCUUUAAAAAAAGUGACAUCACCAGCAGAAUACAGCGUUUUUAACCAUUUUCGCAGAUCCACGUGAACGGGGAUCGACAACGUUCUCGUCUUUUUGUAUUUUUUUUAAUAGUACAUGGCUGUCGUGUAAACCUCCCCUUAGUGCUUUUGGAUCUAGAUGAAAAGGUCUGGUAUUUGACAAAGAAGUAAGUUCUUUUUUGAGAACUGAAAUAAUAAAAUAUACUACAGUAUAUAUAGGAUGACACAUUUUGUCCUAUCUAAGCUGUAUACUUUUUUUGAAUAUAUUUUCUGUAAUAUUCUAUUUUUUGGAAAUUCUUUAGGUCUUUUUUAAAAUAAAACUCUGAAAACAUG